AUGUCUUCCCUGCGCAAGAUGAUGACUAUGAACGACUUGAGUCAGGUAGAGACUCAGGAAAGUUUGGACUUGAGCCUGAGCGAGUCCACCCUGAGAAAACUGACGAAUAAGAAUGAUGAGGGGAAGUUGAAGCCCGGGCAAGAGGGUGAUGCUGCCAGCUCGUUUAGCGAAUCAGCUAACGUGAGCAAACUGGUGCGCAGUUAUGAGUCCCUGACCAGUCAGUCACAUGGUGUCAGCAGUGGGAUCCCCACACAUGCACUACCAGGAACUGACAGGGCUCUGAUCAGCCUCCGACCUUCAGAGUUGGAACAGCUGACAGAACAGCCCACCUCUCCUGUCCCUGCACCAGGGCCUGCCAGAUGUGGGUACUUUGUGCUGUACAGACUCCACAACGGAGAGUGGUACCGCUUCCUGGCUUCUGAUGAUCACAUCCUGGAGGAGCUGUUUGGUGACGGUGAGGAGCUGCACAGGCUGUAUUUUCGCUGUGAGGCAACGGCGAGAGAAUCAACCCUACCAGUCGGCAGAUUGGACGCUAUUGACGACCUGCCGGUACGUGGCCUGACGUCCUCAGAUCUGUUGGAUGUCGUGACCACGUCAGUGGAUCCUGAUUUCUGGAUCAAGCCGCUGGAGUUCGAACUGAUCACACUGGAGGGCCCGACCAGUGAGCAGGAGCUUCGUAGUGAAGAUGAGGAGUCUGGAGAUGAGGAGGAGACAGAGGAGAACGGUGCCACUCAGCAGCAAGUCCGUCCUGUCAGGAAGCGGGGACGUCUGGCCGCUUUCUUCUCACGCUGCCGCAGGGCUUUCACUUCAUGCUGGCGCCGCUGAAUAUCCAGCAAAGACAUUCUCUAUUUAUGA